UUGUUUUCGUUUUCUAAUUUUUUGAAUAUUGCAUGAGUAAUUAAUUACGUACUUUUGUAUUCAUUUCUGCAUUUUAUUUUCACUCAGAGGGGGUGCCUUUAGUCUCGUGGCAUUUGUAUCCAUCACUCUUUCGAUCAUUCUUGGAACACCCCAAUAUUUGGAGGUCAUAGAGAGAAGAGGAACCAGCAAAGGAAAAUGGAGGGUGGCAAGCAAGAGAAAAAUCAAGUGUGACAUCUUAGAAGCUAUUCGCUAGGUGAAUUGAGUGUUUCAAGGAAAAAGGAGUAUCCAAUGCUGAGGACUGAGAAUUGGACUCAGCAGAAUGAAGGUCAUCGGUGAGCCUGAAGAUUCAUGGGUUUGAAAUCCAUCUUUGGAGUACAUCCAAGAGACAGUGGAAGAAUAUUUGAAACACUAAGUAUGGCAACUCUUUGAAAAGUUUUUGGCGCCUGGGUGGCUCAGUCGGUUGAGCAUCUGACUUCAGCUCAGGUCAUGAUCUCACAGUUCAUGGGUUUGAGCCCUGUGUCAGGCUCUGUGCUGAUGGCUCAGAGCCUGGAGCCUGCUUCAGAUUCUGUGUCUCCCUCUCUCUCUGUCCCUCCCCUGGUCACGCUCUGUCUCUCUCUCAAAAAUAAACAUUUAAAAAAGAAAAGUUUUUGUAUAAACAGGAACAGAGCAAUAACUUGGCAGAGGGGUUCUAUGAGGUCAAGAGAGUGUUUUAUUUUUUUGAGAACAAGUACAGCGUGCUUGUUGAUGUGAAAAGGAUCCAGUCAACAUGGAAAACUUAGUUAAGGAAGAGAAGAACUGUAGGGCAAUCUCCUUGAGUGGGACAAGUCACGAAAUGUACUGCAGGAAUGGAGAGGGGUCCAUAACAACAGGACAGUUGGAGUAUAUGUGCACGGAUGGAGAUAGGUAGACGCAAUGAAGGCAACCAUGCCUUCCACCGACUGCUUCUAUUUUCUCAGCAAAAUAGGACCAACAUAGGAAAUCCAUGAUGUGGAGGAAAACUCUGAUUCCGUGACAAAUAAGCAGAAUAGCCACAAUGCUAUGAAAGGAAAUUCAGAAUAAGCCAAGUAGAACAGGCAAGUUCCCGUAGAUCCUGUGCAAGCAAAGGGACAAGGGCGGGAACACUCCUGGCGUAUGUGAGGAGAAGCCAGUGUGGUUGACGCUGAGAUUCCGUGCACCAGAGGCGUGUAAGUGAACUUGAUUUGACUGAAAUUGUAGAAGGCCUUCGAUGGCGGCCUGAAGAAUUUAGGCCUCCAUUGCUUGCCCCUGAUUUGUGUAUUCCAUUCUCCAGUGUCGCUAAGAGAUACAUUCCAGAGUUCUAGACUGUUGACUUCAGCUGCCACAACACAAGGAUAACUGAAGCACCACUGGCCUUUUUCAUACGAUGUCUAAGGCACAUACUUAUUAUGUGCAAUUUUCAACUCAGAUCUACCAGUAUUUUGUGGGGCUGUAUCAGCGCCUCCAGAAGUUCUGGAAUGUCACUGUUAGGCGCAUUUUCAUUAAGAAGAAGGAAGAAGAUAUCCCUUCGGUUGAGAGUAUUUUUCACAAAGAAAAAUUCGUGGUGCUUGGUCGUGUAUUGAAGAAUCAAUCUCUAGCCAUUGAGAAGAGGGCUCAGGCUGCAUAUAGAAUCGGACUGUUGGCCUUCACAGGAGGACCCACGGCUGGGAAAUACGCCACUGAGCACAUAAAAGAAGUGGCCAGUUUGUUGCAAAAUCACCAGCUGGCGCCGAAAGUAAAGAUUCUGCUGCUCCAGAGUAUAGCCUGCUGGUGUUACUUAAAUCCUACCAGCCAGAGGAAAGCCAAGAAUUUCAAGUUUAUCCCUAUCCUCAUGAGGAUUUUUGAGUACAGAGUCGAUUCUGUCAUCAAAACUGAAAUCAACAAACACCUCCUUGUUAAAUUUUGGGCUUGCUACGUUCUCUCUGUCAUGACCUGCAAUAAUGUGUCCUGCAUAAAGGAGCUUAGAGACUUAGGUAAUCUGAAAUAUCAUUUGCAAAUACUGGCGGCUGAGAAUUGGUCUGGGUGGCCUGAGAAUUUUGCAGAGGUGCUAUAUUUCCUCAUUGGUUUUCACAGGAAUUAAUUUCUCUAAGGGCAGCUACCGUUGCAUUAACCCGGAAAACUGAAAUAAACAAUAACAAGUCGA